AUGCUCUUCAAAGGAACUUUCUUGAUGCUGCUUCCCCUCUUAGGGAUCAGCGCUGCGCUAGAUAUGCCGACAAUGACCAGUUGGAACCCUAAGGGCUCUUCAAUGUGCAAGCACAUGGGAGAUCACUGUGAAAAGGCUGCCACAAAUUACUCGUAUCAUAACAGCACGGUCUUUAAAGAGUACACGUCAUUUUACGAUGCUGCUACUAGUAUCUCGUUAUUUACUGGCAGCCAUGAUGACUAUGGAUGUGCAGCCAUGUUCAAGUGCAAAGAUGGCAAAUAUGACGAUGGUAUGACUGGAGAACAGAUCUAUAACGCGUGA